AUGCAGCUUGCUACAGAGACCAUUGGCGGUGAUAAUGGUGAAACAGAAUGGUCAUUUAUCAAUGUUGCUGUCAUCUCCCUAUUUUCCCUCCCAGAUAAUGAGCUUCUUGAGCUCUUGUCUCAUGUUGUCACAUCCUGUGCAUAUUAUGGAGAUGAUGGUAUACAUGUCAUUGACAUCAAGAGCAUUACUGAUGUGGUCACAAUGGUUCCCCACCAUCCAAGAUUACCAUCUGAAGUUGUUGAAGACCAUUUCUUUAUGGUGGAAAAGCCUGGUCUUGAUGUGGCAUCAUUUGGUAUUCUGCCAGUGGAUGAUGCAGUAGAAGGUGAAGGCAGUGAUAAUGACUCAGAUGAUGCAAUGGAUGGGCAAUAG